AUGCCCAUUCUUUGCGUCCUCCUCCUCUUGCUCUGCUGGCUGCUGCUGCUGCUGCUGCCGGAAGGAGAGAGUUCUUGGGUGCAGGCCACGGGAGGUCCAUUGCCAUUGCCAUGCGGAGUAGGAGGAAGAGGACGGAUGGCAUGGCAACACUGCACCAGCACUAGGACUAGCGGUGUCCUGCUGCUUAUUAAUACUCCUGCUGCUGCUGCUGCUGAAAACACCGGUGAGGCCGCCAACAGCAAGAUGUUGCUUCUUGACCAUGAUGGCAGUUCAGCAGAUGCAGCUGGCCAAUGCAAAGUACCUGGCGUGACUGAUGAGAAGGAAUGA